AUACCUGCUAAAUUCUCCUCUGAAUCAAAACGAAACCUAAACACAAACCCCAAAUCAGUGUGCAGGAAGUGGAAGAAAGCAGCUUCUGAUGAUGCCCUAUGGCUUCAGCUCUUCUUACUCAGAUGGGGAGCAGAUCUGGCAAACUUUUUCUCUCCUCACCAUUCCAAAUCAUGGCAGCAAGUUUAUGCGAUCCAACACCGAUGCGAUCGAUACGGCCUGGGAUUGAAGAUAAUAAAGGAAGGGGAUGACUGCUAUUUGAUUCAUCAGGGCGAGAUUCAGCGGCAUUUAGGGCAAUGGAAUGGAAAAAAGUCAAUCGAAGAUGAAGAAGCGUGCGGCUCUCAUAUAUCUGAUCGGAUACUUUUCUUCAUUGGUGAUUUAGAAGUUGCUUGCGCCGAGGCCAAUAAAGCUCGGGUGUGAGUUAUACAAAAAUUAUUCCUGACG